UGUUUAGUUUGAAAGGGAAAAAGGUGAGAUUUGACGGUUAGUUUGGUUGUGAAAUGAUGAGUUCAAAUGCAGCGAGGAAGACGUAAAUGUCAGUUUGAAGUGUUUGAGAGGACACAUUUACAGCUCAGGCAUUUAAUCGAUGCCCGAUGAAAUGAGCAAGAUGGCGACCAACGAGCCCCGAUAAAGCCAGAGAACGUCAACAUUGAAGCGUUGAGGUGGAAGCGCGGAGUUUGACAAGCUGUUGAAGACAACAACAAGAUCAGACAUGUUGGGACUUGCAGCUGGCAGAUAUCUCAUUGGUGGGCGUCCAACAUGGAGAUGCCUUCAAGCUGCAGCUUUGAAGACGAGUGCUCCGGUGUGGUCUGCACCCACACCUGUCAGCUGGGCUGCUUCACGUCUCUGCCAUUCAGACACCAAGGGUUCCAGUUUGAGGACCAUCACGCAGGCUCCAAAACCCGCCCUGUACCUCGGUUUCUCCGUGCUGGUGCCCUUCGUGGCUGCCCCCGUCCUCAUGGCGACGACGCAGUCCUUCUACCCGGAGGUGGCGUACGCCCAACUGGUGUACGGCGCUUGCAUCGUCUCCUUCCUGGGGGGCGCCCGCUGGGGUUUCGCCAUACCGGAUGGAAGUCCUGCUCGGCCGGACUGGAAGAACCUGGGCAACAGCGUGGUUCCGUCGCUCUUGGCCUGGCUGGCGCUGCUCUGCGGGCACAAUGUGGCGGCGGGGGUCCCGGUCCUUCUCCUGGGGUUAGGUCUGUCUCUGCACUAUGACCUGAGACUGCUCCCUGGCUACCCCGCCUGGUUCAAAGCCAUGAGGCGUGUCCUCACGCUGGUGGCCGCCUUCUCGCUGUUGGCCACGCUGAUGCUGAAGAAGUUCUGCGCUGAGAAAAAGCUCCUAAGUUCGUGAGUCACCUCAACUUAAUAAAAUGUACGAUUAAUCCUCA